CGCCAAUAUAGAACCUCUUCCCACUUCCCAUUUCGCACUUUGCACGAGACGGGAAGACCGAAAUCUCUCUCAAAGCGUGCAUCGUCGGUUCAGUCUCGGAGACUCCAAUCAAACCCUACAAGCCGAGCAGCAAUGGCGGAGACCCAGCCCCACGCUCCUGCCCCGAAGGCCCUCAAGCGGAAGCGGCCGUCCCUUCUCGGCAUUGACUGCCCGACCCCGGAGGAGAAGGAGGCCCGGAUCGGUGCCCUGACGGGGGAAAUCGAAGGGCUAAUGAGGUGCUACGGGGAAGUCAUGGGUCAGAAGCUAGGGUUGGAGGCGAUGUCGGGCGGGUGCGGUUCCUUGAACGGGCAAAUCGCUCGCUUGAUGGAAGAGAGCGACUUGCCGCUGUCGGCGCUGGUGGAGCAGAUUCACGGGAGGCUCAAGGAGAGGAAUGAGGGCUUGACGGUGGCCUCCGUGAAGAGCGGGCUCCUCCUCGUAGGGCAGAGGCUCAUGUAUGGAGUCCCUAACCCGGAUGCCGAUGUCCUUGAGGACCAUUCUUCUUCAUCUCUCUGGUGUUGGGAGACUAGGGAGGUCAAGCUCUUGCCGAAAGCUGCACAGGGAGCAAUCAAAAUUCGGCGGACAUGUCGGGGGAAGAUUCAUGAAAGGAUUUCUGCUGUCUCUGAUGUGUUGUCUGCAUUACAGAAGCCAGAUAUUGACCAAAAUUACAAGACUGAUUUAGUUAAGGCAUCGGAAAAGCUUGCCAAAGCAUUGGCUGAGGCAGAUAUACGAGCCUUGGUCGAUAGGUUGACGGAGAGAAAUGUUGCAAACAAGGCCAAGAAGGAAGCUAAACGAGGUGAGAAAGCAUGCAUUAAAGAACUGGAGAGGAGUAAAAAGAAGGCUGAGAAGGAGCAGAAAAGGAUGGAGCGUGAACUUCAGAAGGAAAAAUUGAAGGCUGAUAAGGAAUUAAAGCGAUUGCAAGAGGAGGCAGAGAAGGAAGAGAAGCGUCGUGAGAGGGAAGAGAACGAGUUGAGCAAACAGCUAAGAAAGCAGCAAGAAGAAAUUGAAAGGGAUCAGCGCCGGCGAGAAAGGGAAGAAGCAGAACUGAAGCAGCAACUCUCUGUACAGAAGCAAGCUUCUAUCAUGGAACGUUUUCUUAAGAAGGCCAAGACUAGUCCCUCGUCCCCAAAUCAACAGUCAACCAAUGGCACUGGCACCUGGGAUAAGAAGAAUGAAACGGUAGUGCACGGGGCAGUAACUUGUGCGAUGGACUGUGCUCUUUCUUCAAAUCUAGAAAUUAAUGCCGAGGAUAUCCUUAAGUCACACUUGUCAUCUUGGCGCCAUGUGGGUCAUCUCAUUCGAUCAAAUAAAGAACAGCACUGGAGCCUGCGCAGAAAGCCGAAAACUGCACUCAUUAAGGAACUGAAGCUCACCACCAGUACUGACAGAGGGCUGGUGCAGGACGAUGAAUUGAACAUUGAAAAGCUUGUGGAUGAGUGCAAAGAGACGGUUUCUGAUAAGGAUUUAAACACCACAGGGUCUCAUCCGGAUGCAGAGCAGUACAAGCGACAGAGGCAAUUGUUGCAGUUUGAUAAGAGCCAUAGGCCUGCAUUUUAUGGGAUAUGGACAAAGAAUAGCAACAUUGUCGGGCCUCGCCACCCUUUCAGCAAGGACCCUGAGCUAGACUAUGAUAUUGAUAGUGAUGAAGAAUGGGAAGAGGAGGAUCCUGGUGAAAGUUUGUCUGAUUGUGAUAAAGACGAUGAAAGCUUGGAAGAGAACUGUUCAAAAGCUGAUGAAGAAGAUGAAAGUGAAGAUGGUUUUUUCGUACCUGAUGGUUAUCUGUCAGAAAAUGAGGGUGUGCAAGUCGAUAGAAUGGAAACCGAUCCUGCUGAGGUUAGGACUACUUCCUGUGAACAAGAAGUAGAGAGUGAGGACCUCUUGGUACUGCUUCGACAGCAGAAAUAUUUACACUCUGUGACAGAGCACGCUCUCCGGAAAAACCAGCCCUUGAUCAUUUCAAAUUUAAAACAUGAAAAGUCUUUACAAUCAAAUCCUGAAGACUUCAGUGGCACUGCCAAGCUGGAAAUUAUGUGUUUGCAAGCGCUGUGUAUUCGUAUGUUCUCCGGGGAUACGGCUCCGGAUGUCUGGAUAAGCAACGAUUUAGAUGAGGAAGAGGAGGAUUGCCCCGCAAGAAACAAGAACAGUAAACAACCACCAGUUAAUGUGAUAGCUGUAUCUGACUCUGAUUUGCCUACCAUUUUUCAGGUGUCCACUAUUCGUUCGUGUCCACUGGGCAUCAAUAAGGUGGUAGAGCGUCUGCAGCAGAAGUUCCCCGCUAUUUCAAGGUCUCAGUUGAGGAGUAAAGUCCGGGAAAUAUCAGAUUUCGUGGAUAAUCGUUGGCAGGUAAAGAAGGAAGUUCUAGACAAGCUUGGCCCGUCUAUAUCUCCUGAGAGGGCUGGUGGACGGACAAAAAGUAUUGCAGCAUUUUUCUCGAAGAGGUGCUUGCCUCCUGCUGCUAAAAGUCUGAGCUCUGAUAAUAUCUCAUCAUAGCAUUACACGGUUCUGCUUCUUUAUAAGAUCGAGUAUCCUUUUCUAGGAAUACUCAUUUUGUUUAGAAAAUUUAAAUGACCUGGGUCUGGCCCCAUCGCAGCCAAUCCUCGUGAUUUUGGGUGGGAACCGAAAUUGUUUGUAAAUUGAUGGGAGCAAAAUGCGGCUUUAUAGAAAUGAACGACAGUUGCUCUUUUACUGUA